AUGGACAUCGUCGGGCCAUUCGACAGAGCUCCUCAUGAGUGCCGCUAUGCAAUCACACUCAUCGACUACUACAGUCGUUGGCCGGAAAUUGCGUUUGUGCCAUCAAUUACCUCGCAAUCAGUUAUCAACUUUUUGUUGCAAGUAUUCAGCCGGGAGGGUUAUCCUACUAUUCUCGUGACGGAUAAUGGUCCUCAAUUUCGAUCUCAACUGUUUGAAGACUUCCUGCAAGAUCGUGGAAUUCGGCACACUUAUUCUUCUGUGUACUGCCCCCAAGCAAAUGGUCUUGUAGAGAGGUUCAAUAGGGUAUGCAAGGACUACGUCCAACUGUCAUCACUGGAACAGCGACCUCUACGUCCAGCUGUGCUCGAGUGUCUGGCAAUCUACAGAGCGACCCCUCACGCAACCACAGGUGUGUCUCCGGCUGUACUGCUCCAUGGCCGUCCUUUGCGCACACGCCUCAACAUUGUCGGAAUGCCGUUGAAUCUGGACAACGCAUUUCAAGCAAUUCAAGACCUUCGUAGCAAGGUUCAUCUACACCAGGAGAAAAUGAAAACGUACGCAGACCUCCACCAGUGUGCAAAGGAACCUGCAUUUCAAGUUGGCCAGUUCGUGCGGGUGAAGGUGAAACCCACCAGUAAGGCACAACCAUCGUAUUCGAAACCCUUGAAGAUAAUCAAGAAAUGCGAAUCUGAACAUUGGCCUACGCCGACGGGGCACGUGGUCCCAGAGAAUCAAAUCAAGGUGCCUCUGGUGCCACAACGAAAGUCUACAAGGAAGAGGAAGCCUCCUGAACAUUUUGGUUUUCAGUGA